AUGAUUUUCCACAAACUCUGUUUCCUCGCAUACUUUGUUUCCGUGGCGACAGCUACCAUCAAAUGCUCCGGACGACAUUCCUGCUAUGCCGAAUCGCCAGAAUGCGAUCCCAACACUGAUUGUCAAACCGUUCUCCGUUUCGAUCCAUCUGGAAAUGUGAACAUUUUCGUGCGCAAUAUGUCAGUCACCGACUACGUCUCCAUUGUCACCGAUCGAGACCUUCUCAACACAAUGGAGUUCUUCGUUUGUGUUCCGUUUGCUGGACAACGUCUUCGUGGAUUGGGACGAUUCGGACAGACUAUUCUGAUCAAUCAACAGAAUCUCACCAACGUUGUGGAACAAUUUGAAACCAAUUCUUUCCGAUGCGUGAUCAAUCAAGACGAACUCAAACCCGAGUUUUGGUUGAACAAAAAUUUCAUUGUUUCUCGAGGACGAUUCCAACAGUUUCUGAGAGUGAAUGAAGGUUGCAAGUUGUACAAAUUGGAGCACGAAGAAGACUUGGAGAGCGAACAGUUUUUCCCAACGGCUUAUAGAACACCGAAAGCAUUGAAGAAAACCGAAAUUGCGUCAACAAAGUUCGAAGAUGUCAUUGAAAUUUCUAAAAUGCUGCAGAAUGUGAAACAAAUGUUUGUGAAUGCUGUGAAGCAGGAGAAAAUGGACAAAGAGCAUCUUCAUAAGAAAUCCGGCUCGAAUGGUCACAAGCGUUAUUAUCCAAAGAGCGACUCUUAUGAAUCUGACAAGGAUACAAAGCAGAAUAAAGCAAAACUUAUCAGAGAAAGUGAUGAUAGUCGUCAGGACAAGUCUCGCGAUGUCAUUGUUUCAAAAGCAAGAAGCCAUAAAAAAUCUCACGAAACAAAAUCUCACAAGAACCAAACGAUUUCUAACAAAUCUGAAGAGGUUAUGAGCUCAAAAAUGAAGCCAGUUGCUAAUGAUGCCGAUUUGGAUACAAAAGUUUACGUUCGAAUGACUAAAAAGCAAAUGUACACGUUCAUUGAUGGGUUGGAAGAAGGAAAAUCUGCUGGAAACGAAACGGAUCUCUUGAAAUCCAAUGCAUCUACCUUAAACUCUGAAGUCGAGGAGCCAAGAAACAGUGCCACGGACGAUGAAAUCGUUUUUGUGUUGAUGACCAAACGUCAGAUGCAUACCAUGAUUGGCACGAAAGCCGAGCAUCAAGUCUCUGGUACCAAAAUGUUUGCCGAGAAACGCAACUACGCAAGCAGUGGAGUUCAUUUCGGGACAACUCUUCUUGUUCUUAGUGUUCUUCUGUUUCUGUAA